AUGCGAGGAGCGUUCUCGACAGCCGGAGCUGUCCUUGUGGUGCUGUGUGUGACUGUGGUGUGCGUGGCCAACGGGUUUACGCUGCGGAGCCUGGCGGUGGGCGCGGUGGGUGAGGGUGGCGAUGCCAACGGCGGCUCCGACUGUGCCGCGUGCACCAUCAUUGUGGGCCUGCUGGAGCAAAAGGCCGUGGUCGAUGCCAAAUCCAUCGAGAACGUGCUGGAUGAGGUCUGUGGGUUCUUCCCCGCCGGUGCUGUCCAGGCCGCCUGCAAGUUCCUCGUCGACACGUACACGCCCGACCUGCUGCGCCUGCUCGAGGAGAAGGCCACGCCCGACGAGGUCUGCAAGGAGUUCCGCAUGUGCACGGGCUUCCCCGAGUGCCACCUCUAUCCGCUGCCGACCGACAAGGCACGGGUGACCAACGAGGUGCGGAGCGAGCUCUCGCCGCGGGUGGCGGCGGCGUACGCCGCGGGCGAGACCCCCAUCGACUGGCUCAAGCACCUCAUCAACGUCGUCGGCAACCUUCACGAGCCGCUCGUCGACUUUGACGACGACAAGUUUGGCACCGAGUCGACGCUUCGCGGCACCUCGUGGCGCGGCGCGGACUGCCACGACGUCGAGGCCGAUGUUUACCCAGGCCGCGCCGCCUCGUCGCAUCCGCCCACCGUCGACCACAACUGCAACGGCAUCCUCGGCGUCAACCCGGAGACCGGCGGCGCAUGGGAGGACGAGCUGUGCGGCGGCGAGCAUGCCGGGCUCGGGCUCAUUGUGGCCGGCGACUCGGUCACCGCCAACUUUGGCCUCCCGCCGCAGUACUUUAACGCUGCUCACCUCAACGGCACCACGUUCAAGGCCAAGCCCGACGUCAUGUGGCGGCUGGAGAACGAGUUUGAUCACCCGUACCGCUCGUGGGGCACCGGCUUUGCCAACGUCACCUACCACGGCUACCCGGACACCGUCUCGGUCUACUCGCACAUGCUCGAGCGCAACCUCUGCAUGCAUCGCGACUUUCAGAACACCGGCGUCAACGGCGCCCGGUCCGGCGCCGAGGCCGGCGGUUCGCAUCCGCUCAUCAAGGACAUUGCGCGCAACCAGAAGACCGACAAGCCCGUCCUCUUCAUCCUCGACCAGGCCGGCAACGACGUGUGCAACUCGCGGACCGCCGUCGACCACAUGACCUCAGCCGCCCAGUUUAAGGCCAACUACCUCGAGAUGCUCGAGUUCCUCGACGCCACCCUGCCCGCCGGCUCGCACGUCGUGCUCAUGGGCCUUGCCCAGGGCACCGUCCUCUACGACACCAUGCACAACCGGACUCACCCCAUCGGCGUCCCGUAUACCUCGGUCUACUCCUUCCUCAACUGUCUGCAGAUCUCGCCCUGCGCCGGCUGGCUCAACACCAACGCCUCCAUCCGCGCCGCCACCCAGGCCCAUGCCGACCUGCUUUCGUCCACGCUGGAGGCCCUCGUUGCCAACGUCUCGGGCAACUACGCCAACUUUGACAUGACCUACAUCUCCUUCUCCACCCUCAUCAACGACCUCUUUGACACCCUCCCACCUUCAGAGCACUACACGCUCAUCAACCCGGUCGACUCGUUCCACCCGGCCCAGAUUGCCGCGCCCGUCCUCGGCCGCAUCGUUUGGGACCACAUCCCCGACGAGUUCAAGCCGGCUGUCAACCCGAACAACGCCAAGAUUGCUGCCCUCUUUGGUGAUCAGGGUGGCUACAAGUUUACCGUGGGUGGCGAUUGAGUUAGCAAACAAGCCCCAGUCUGUUCUUUCAUUGACCCUGCUCACCCCCGCUCACAGUGGUAGCCUCGACGUCAAAUAGACUCGAGAGCGACGGCCGCGUUGACGAGUCCAUCGGCGUCGACGGCACAUACUCCGAGGUACUUUGCGUGGGAAGCUCGCGCAUGGAGACACCCCGCCUCUUGCCAGAAGUCGCAGGCGUGAUCAACGACGACGAACCUCCAGACGAGUUGGUCGAGAGGACCGCCACCACGUGCCGCUUGGCCACCGGCCAGACCAUGACGUCACGCCAGAUGUAAAACUGAACAAAGGCAGCAACGGUGUCAAAUAUCACCCACCGGACGAGGAGGCAC